UUGUCAUAACAGAAAAUGACAUUUGUUAUACAUAACCUAACUUUGCUCAGACGAAAAAUCCUUUUUAUCAGUGAAAAAUGCAUAAAUGUACGUAAAUUUUCGGCCAAAUCCCCAUACAAUGUUUUGUUUUUUGGUUCUGAUGAAAUUGGACUCAACAGCUUGCGUAGAAUUAAUUCUUUAAGGAAAUCUGAAAAAAUAAUAAAUCGACUACAUCUAGUUACUGCUAAUAGUUCUAAGAACAAGAGUACAAUUGAGAAAUUUGCACAAAGCGAAGAAAUCCCAAUAUUACAAUGGCCAAACUUGCACAUACAAAAUGCCGAGUACGAUAUCGGCUUAAUAGUCGCAUUUGGACAUUUAAUCAAAAAGGAUGUUCUUGACAAAUUUCCUUUAGGUAUGGUUAAUGUUCAUCCCAGCCUGUUACCUCGAUGGAGAGGUGCUGCUCCCAUCAUCCAUACAUUGUUAAAUGGUGAUAAAGUUGCUGGUGUGUCACUUAUGAAAAUAAAACCUGAUAAAUUUGAUGUUGGUGAAAUAAUAAGUCAGAAAGUUGUUCCUGUACCAAAUGAUAUACUUUUACCAGAAUUAACAAAACAGCUAUCAGAUAUGGGGGGAGAAAUGCUAGUAGACUGUAUGAGAUUACUGCCCUCUAGUCUAGACAAUGCAAAGCCACAGAGUAAUGAAGGGGUUACAUAUGCAAAGAAAAUCAAUAAAACCAUCAGUGACGUUAGAUGGUCAGAAAUGACAGCCAAAGAAGUUUAUAAUCUGUAUAGAGCAAUAUAUGGUCUCUAUCCAUUGACAACAAUUUUCAGAGACAAACAAAUGAAACUAUUUAAUGCAUUUCUUGUACCAGAUGAAGUGAUUGAAAUAAAUUCACAACCAGUUGGCACAUUGGAUUAUUGUACACAAAGGGAUGCUGUGAAAAUACUAUGCAAGGACAGAAAGUAUAUUUAUUUCAAAUCUCUUAGAAUAUUGGGAAAGCGGGAGAUUACGGCGCUUGAUUUUUACAAUGGUUAUAUUAAAAAUAUACCCUUAGAUAAGAGAAAAUAUGUAGUAGGUGGUUGAUUUAGUGAAUAAAUGUUAAAUGUUAUU